AGGAGUUGCAUGCUUAAUUAAAGCUUGUAAGUGUAUAACAACAGUUUUGAAGCAGCAGGACAAACAUGUAUUUGCUACAGCUCCAGUCAUGGUAGCCACGCCUCGAUCGCAAAGAGAUAGUUCGAAGGAGGCGUUGCUAGCGAGACUGUGCAACAUACAAAAUACAAAAUACAAUGCCCACGCAUAUACGGGUAGCGACCAGAGCAGGUGCAAUGAUUGCAAACGCUCGACAAGAGAUAGUAGGAUAUUUGUUCAUACUAGCAGUGACCUCUUGUUUCGGCGACUACCCACGUCUACGAGAGCUCGCUCAAAAGCGCAACAUCUUUGUCGGCUCUGCUGCAAAUGCAGGCCACAUCUCAUCGGACUCUGAUCAUGAGUACGACAAGGUACUCAAGGAACAGUUCAGUCUAGUGACGCCCGAGAAUGCCUGCAAAUGGCCAGCUACGGAGCCUCAGCAAGGCAUGUUCGACUUCAAGGAAUGCGACCUCGUUUACAACACGACUAGACAGUACAAUCAGUCUUUUCGAGGACACAACCUUUGCUGGGGUGUUCACAACCCAUCUUGGCUCGCUAACCUUGCGGGAAACAGAUCGGCACUAGAAGCUGCGCUUCAAAACCACAUCACGGCGGUAGCAGGACGAUACCACGGCAAAGUUUAUGCAUGGGAUGUAGUCAAUGAGGCUGUAUCGGAUCAUCCCAACGGUAGUGACUAUUUGAAACAUAACAUCUGGUAUCCAACAGUUUCCAACUAUAUUGAUCUUGCUUUUCAAACUGCCCAGAAAGCAGAUCCGCAAGCCAAACUAUUUUACAAUGAUUAUGCAGCUGAGGGUCUCAACAGUAAGAGCAACGCCAUCUACAACAUGAUCAAAUCGAUGCUGUCUAGAGGGAUUCCUAUCCAUGGAAUAGGACUACAAGCCCACCUAUCGAUUUCUGCAAGUAAAGAGAUGCUCGCCGAGAGUAAAUUGUCUUCUCCUCCUUCUUAUGAUGAUAUGGCUGCAAAUGUAAAGCGUUUUGCUGAUCUUGGACUAGAAGUUCAUUUCACGGAGUUGGACGUCAACAUGAAAGGUGCGACCGGAUCCGACAGUGAAAAAUUUGAGAAACAAGCACAAGUGUACAAGAGUGUUUUAGAAGCGUGCCUCAGCAACAGCAAAUGCAAAAACUAUGAAGUAUGGGGCUUUACGGACAAGUACACGUGGCUGGGUUCUGAGAAUAAGCCCGAUCUCUUUGAUACUAAGUACCAUCCGAAGCCCUGCUUUAAGGGUGUCGUCACCGCUCUGGAAGAAAGACAUCACGUGACUGGCCUUAAUUAACUAAUCGAGUCACUCAUGAUAUUGACUUCCAGUUCAUACGGUUCGCCGCCGCGGUUCUCAUCUCUAGCUUGGCGUGUGCUGCUUGUAGUAUCUGUUGUGGACGACAUAGUCAACAGUUAGCUCACAUACUUAGUAAAUAUAUACUAAAACGUCGACCUUGAACGGUAAAGACAUGGAAGAGGAACGCACGUGCAAGCACGGACGGUUUCGGUAGGACUGACUUACUGUCAGUACGGUACCGCCACGCAGUUAUCAUGUGAAGGACGUCAACCCCCAGCAUAUUUCACAUAACGCAGAUAUUAUAGGACAAAAUUUAGAGCUUCAUAAUUUUUUACGUGACCAAAUAUUUUUUAAGAAUUGUACAUUACCAUUUAAUUAAGUAAUUUAAUUAUUUUAACUUUGUUUCUCGCUUUAUUGUACAAAUCGAUAUUUUUAAUCAAGAGAAGUCAGGUGCAGAAUCA